AUGUUUCAAACAUGCAGAAGGCUGUUGCCAUCUGGAGCAACAAAUAUACGAUCAGCUGCUACUCCUUGUAUACGAUACAGAAGUUAUAAUGUAAGGGCAUCUUCGCUAUUGAGACCCCACAAUACAAGAUCACACCUUUUUGAAAGGGCAAGAUGCUACUCUACCUGGGGUGAUGGCAAGAGACCAGAUCAAAUACAUUUCUCUAAUGGCGGGAUGAAUCGUUUCACCAGGUUUAAAACGGGUAUACGAAUGAUAUUAAAGAAAUCAACAAAACCCUUCAAUACUGAUGAUAUCAGUGCAUUCAUAUCAUGGAUUGUAGUGAGUCACGUCAUCUUAUUCAUAAUAUCAACAACCACAUUUUUCUCAGUGAUCAUUUACUUAUUAAAUACGGUCUCUGCUCAGGAAUAUUUAGCCAAGAAAAUAGGUAAAUUACUCACUAGGAACAACCCUGAACUCUCAGUAAUAUUUGAAAAUGCCAUAGUGCCGAAUUGGUCUUCUUCAAAGAUCAGGUUCAACAAAGUAUUCGUGUCUCGAAGGCCAAAUCUAUCUAAUACAAGUGAAUUUGUUAAAGGGUCACAAAAAGACGCAAUGCAAAGGGCAACAUUAGCCCUAAGUGAAAAUGUACUAGUUAAUAACAAUGACUUUAAUGACGGUAAUUAUACACAAUUGGAUUUGACCAUCGAUCAAAUAGAAAUAUCAUUGAGCUUCACCAAGUGGUUGAACGGAAGAGGUAUCCUGGACGAAGUUGUAGUAAGCGGGAUUAGAGGUGUUAUUGAUAGAACUCAUAUAAAAUGGGAUCCCGCUUUAGAUCCAGCACUGUAUAAGAAUGUUCACAAGCCUGGGGAUUUUGAAAUUUCUCAGUUCAUAAUGAAUGAUGCUUUAGUGACCGUUUAUCAACCUAGUGGAUUUAGACCAUUCAAUAUAAGUAUAAUCAAUUGUAAUUUACCUAGACUAAGGAAAAAUUGGCUACUCUAUGAUAUUUUAAAUGCAAAUAACAUCAAUGGUGCAUAUGAUAAUUCAAUGUUUACACUACACAAGAAAUUAAAUGCAAACAGUUCGAGUCUAUUGACCAGAAUCAGGAUAGAUAAUUUGGAUAUAGAUCAUCUAAAUGCAAAUGAUCAAGGUCCCUUUGGAUGGAUCACUGAAGGUACCGUCAAUAUGCUAGCCGAUAUCGAACUUCCCAAUCAAGACACUGACGGAUUGCAAUUCAAGGACAUUGUACAGGAAUUCAAAAGAAAACUCUCUAACAAGAAACUGGAAGAAGAACAGACUAUUCCCAAUAAAUUUGCCAUGGAAUUCUUUCUAAAAUUGAACAACGUUAAAGCAGAAGUCCCAUUAUUUACUAGGGAACUAACAUAUAAAAAUAACGCACUGAUUAGACCAAUUGUGGGGUAUAUGAAUUCCAAAAGAACCUACAUUCCUAUAAGAUGCCGCGUAAUCAAAGAUAUCAAGGAUUUUGAAGGAGCAUGGACAGUUUAUGAUUCGCAUUUGAUGUAUGAUUUGAGUUCAAAAGUUUAUGAUGCCUUCGCAACCUACGUUGCUGAUGAAGAAAGACGAUCUAUAAGAGUCAGAAGAGUGACAUUCUGGUCGCUACAAUUGUUUCUACAGAUGAUAUUGAUGGGACUAGCGACUAUUACUUAA